AUGGCAUCACGCUCCGAAGAUCUUCUUGAAGCUCAAUCUCAUGUUUGGAACCACAUAUUCAGCUACAUAAACUCCAUGGCACUAAGAUCUGCCCUUCAACUAUGCAUACCCGAUGCCAUCCACAAACACGGCAAACCAAUCACACUUUCCCAACUGGCCGAAGCCCUCUGCAUCAACACCGCAAAAACCAAUGGCCUCUAUCGCCUCAUGCGAAUUCUAGUCCACUCCAAGUUCUUCGACAAGGUCAUCAUCUCCAACCAAGAAGCUUAUUCUCUCACUAGAGCUUCACGUCUCUUGAUAAGAGAUGAACCACUUAGCCUUGUGCCACUUGCACUUGUCCUCACCGGCCUGCUCCACAUUGAGCCUUUCCAUCAUAUGAGUGAAUGGUUUCGAGACGAAUGCCCCUCUGCGUUCUUCACCAAAAAUGGAAUGGAUCUAUGGACGUUUGCAGCCGAAGAUGAGAAAUUGAAUAAAGGGUUUAAUGAGGCCAUGGCUUCUGAUGCACGCUUCGUAGGAAGCAUACUUGUUCAAGAAUGCAAGCAUGUUUUUGAGGGAUUGAAGACGAUGGUGGAUGUCGCAGGCGGCACAGGGGAGGUAUCCAAGGCGUUGGCCGGGGAAUUUUCCUGGUUGAAAUGUGUUGUGCUCGACCUACCACAUGUCGUUGCUGGCAUGGAAGGCUCUGAGAAUGUGAGGUUUGUUAGCGGAGACAUGUUUGAGUUCAUUCCUCCCGCUGAUGCAGUUUUCCUCAAGUGGAUAUUGCACGACUGGGGAGACGAAGAUUGCGUGAAAAUACUGAGAAAAUGCAAAGAAGCAAUAGUUGAGAGUAAAAUCAAUGGUAAAAAGGUGAUUAUUGUGGAAAUGGUUGUGGAUGAGGAGAAGCAAGCUCAUGCAACUGAAACUCAUCUGUUCAUGGAUAUGCUCAUGAUGGCUAAUCAUCCAGGAAAAGAAAGAACUAAGAAAGAAUGGGCAAAGCUCUUUGCUGCUGCAGGCUUCAAAAAUUAUAAAAUAACUCCUACUUUAGGAGUGAGGUCUAUAAUUGAGGUGUUUCUGUGAUGAGAGGAAUAUAUAGUUAUUUAAUCCUAAAACCAACUGAUAAUGAUAAAGAAAAGUAUCACUUAUAUGUGGUCUCAAUUCUCUCGUUAUACUGAUUUCAAAUAUUA